CCUGCCCUGUCUGCACCGCCCUGCCCUGCCUGCACUGCCUGCAUCACCCUGCCUGCCCUGCAAAGUCCUGCCUGCCCUGCCCUGCCUGUGCUGUCCUGCCUGCCCUGCACUGCCCUGCCUGCACUAUCCUGCCCACACCUCCCUGCCUGCACUGCACAGUCCUGUCCGUCCUGCCUGCCCUGCCCUGCCCUUCCCUGCCUGCCCUGCCUGCAUCGUCCUGCCUGCACUGCCUGCCCCAUCCUGCCCCCCCUGCCCUGCAUCCCAUGGCGUUACUCUGAGUCUCCCCACCCUGCUUGCUCCAGGAGCCGCCCCACACAUCUGGGCCCAGCAGGGCCACACACCUGGGGUCCCCCCACGCCUCCCCCUGCCUGGCCCUGCCCCAUCAGCCCAGGGAGCUGCCAGGCCAGGGCCACCCACCCCCGCGGUGUGCCUGGCCUAUGGCCACAGGGCCGGCAGCCCCGUUGCCGGCAGCUGCUGGGGCAUGCCAGCGCGGCUGUGGAUCUAAUCAUGGUGGAGGCCGCCCCCGAGGAACACCGCAGGGGCCAGGGCUGGCCCUGCCGUGCAGGCAGACAGCGUCCAGCAGCGGAAUGGCAGGGACGGUGCUGCCUCUCUGCCUGCUCCUCGCUGCCACCCUGCCGGGUGGCCUGACCCAGGCCCGUCCCCGUCCCCUGCUCCUGCGGCUGCGGCGGCUGGAGGAGCAGUUUCGGCGGCUGCAGGAGGUGACGCUGAGCCAUCUCCAGAGCAUCGCCGAGAACUACAACAUCUCCUACAACAUCGACGGACGCUUCCAGGUGCUGGCGGAGCAGGCGGAGGCGGCUGCCUCUGCCCGGGCUGCCCUGGCUGCAGAGCUGGCCCGCUUGGCCACCACCAGCCGGCGGCUGCACCUCAGGCUGAAGCGGCUGGAGGGGACAGUGGGUGCCCUAAGCCCACACUGCCCGCUCACCUACGCACCAGGUGCACCGGAGGAGGCUGGCACUCAGCUGCAUGACCUGCCGGACACUGCCCGGAGCCAGGGCAGCCAGCUGGGACAGCCACAGGGCUGGGUGACCCCCAGCAGCCCCAGCCCUCGGCACCCAAAGGCAAGGAGGCGGCAGCGGCAGCGGGAAGAAGGGCACCAGCUGCCGGAUGAUGCCGGGCUUGGUGGAGCUCCCAGGGAGGAUGCAGCACCAGGAGACCAAGCCAUCGCACUGGCACUCCCCACCAUGAUGGUGGUCCCCCAGGAGCAGCCACCGUCCCCCCAGCAGCCAGGAGAGCAGACGUAUGGGCCCCUGGCGACCACCUCCCCAGCCUGCCGUGCCGGUGUCACCCUGUUCUUCCCCAACACCUCUGCUGAGAACGUGGCCGUCCUGGGGCUGGGGCCACGCCAGGGGCUGCAGGCACUGUCGCUCUGCACCUGGCUGGCCACCCCAGCCCCCCACCUCGGUACCCUCCUCUCCUACGCCACCGAGGACGGCGGCAGCAAGCUGGCCCUGCGUGGCCAUGCUGGGGACCUCCCUGGCUCCGCGCGCUUCGUCAUCGGGGAUGGGGAAUUUCGGGAGCUCCCGGUGAUGCCGCUCCUGGAUGGCAAGUGGCACCACCUCUGCCUCACCUGGUCCUCUGGCCAGGGCCAGUACCGCUUCUACGUGGACAGGCGGCUGCUGGCCGCCGGCUCCGGCUUCUGGCAGGGCUAUCAGAUUCCCGCUGGUGGCUUGCUGGUGCUGGGCUGGGAGCCGGACCACCCCAGGAGGGGCUUCAGCACUGCAGAAGCCUUUGUAGGUCACUUGGCUGGCUUGGCCCUUUGGAGCCGGGCUCUCCUGCCCGGGGAGGUUGCCAGCAUGGCAACUGGCCAGGGGCUGCCCCAUGGCUCCCUCCUCACGCUGGCCGAUGGCUCCCUGCAGGGCGGGGUGCGGAGGGUGGCAUGUCCCUGCCUCCAGCACUGCCUGUGA